UUCCCCGCCAGCCGCGUCCCGUCCUCUCCCUGCGAACCAGGAGUGCCUCCUGCGCACCCCGGGGCCCCCGCUCAGGCCCGGCUGUCCUAGACGACCCUCUGCCCGACGGCGACAUGGGCGUCCCCCAAGUCCCGGAGGCUGGCAGCCGGCACUGGGGGCCUGUGCUCCUUGCCUUCUUCCUGGCUGCCUCCCGAGGUCUGGUGACAGCAUUCAAGGUCGCCACGCCAUAUUCCCUGUACGUGUGUCCCGAGGGGCAGAAUGUCACUCUCACCUGCAGACUCUUGGGCCCCAUGGCCAAAGGGCACGAAGUGACCUUCUACAAGACCUGGUACCGCAGCUCGCGGGGCGAGGUGCAGGUCUGCUCGGAGCGCCGCCCUAUCCGUAACCUCACAUUCCAGGACCUUCACCUGCACCACAGUGGCCACCAGGCCAACUCCAGUCAAGAUCUGGCACAGAGCCACGGGCUGGAGUCAGCCUCGGACCAUCACGGCAACUUCACCAUUACCAUGCGCAACCUGACCUUGCUGGACGGCGGCCUCUACUGCUGCCUGGUGGUGGAGAUCAGGCACCACCACUCAGAGCAGCGGGUCUAUGGAGCCAUGGAGCUGCAGGUGCAGAGAGGCGAAGAAGCACCAUCCAACUGCAUCGCGUACCCACCCUCCUCCAAGGAGAGUGAAAGCAUUACGGCUGCCGCCCUGGCUACCAGCGCCUGCAUCGUGGGCAUCCUCUGCCUCCCCCUCAUCCUGCUCCUGGUCUACAAGCAAAGGCAGGUGGCUUCCAACCGCCGUGCCCAGGAGCUGGUGCGGAUGGACAGCAGCAACAUUCAAGGAAUUGAAAAUCCUGGCUUUGAGAUCUCUCCACCCUCCCAGAGGAUGCCGGAGGCCAAACCCAGGCCCCCACUGUCCUACGUGGCCCAGCGGCAGCCUUCUGAGUCUGGGCGGCACCUGCUCUCUGAACCCAACACUCCUCUGUCUCCGCCAGGCCCUGGGGAUGUCUUCUUCCCCUCCCUAGACCCUGUUCCUGACUCCCCAAACUCUGAGGCCAUCUAGACCAGCCGGGGGCCAGUGGGCCGUUGUGGCUGGGCCUGGGGCAGGUGCAUUUAAGGCAGGGCUGGCCCUCUGAGUGGUCCCUUGGCCUUGGCCCUGGUUUCCUCCUUCUUGCUCUAAGCCCAGACUCUGAGAUUCCCCUGAUGGCCAGACCCUCAACCCCUCUGGAUGCUACACAACAGAAGGGAGGUGUUGGAUUGCUCAACUCCUGUCUCAAGGAUGCUGGGGUGCUGAGAUCCGACUCCAGAGACUGGAAAUUCACCAGCUACUGUGCUAAAUGACCUACAUCCCAGAAUUGCCAGCUCUGUGGCAGCUUCUCUCCCUGGGACAUGAGCCUUGGGACCGGACAGCAUAGUUGGGCUCCGGGCAGACCUCCCAGUGCUAUCCUCCCAGGCAAGAGACACAGGACAGGAUGUGGAGAGACUCCUCCCAACUGUGGCGGACCAGCUCUCCCACCUUGCCUGGGGCUGUGCAUCUGUCAGACCCACUCUUUGUAACCCUGGGGCUCUGGGGCUGGGCCUUCCUGGCCCCAGGCCAUGGGAGCCUUCCACAGCUGCCUCCUGCCAGCAAACUCUCUGAGGAUCUGUCAACAGGUUAAGCAAAUCUGGGGCUCUCACCGCCUGCACUCCGGUCCCCAGAGCCCAUUGGCCAGAGGCCCCCAAACAGGAAGUACACACUGGGGCACGGUGGUCACUGUGAGCCAACUGGCAUCUUGGGCAAUGGGAACCAGGCUAGAGGUUGCACUACUCACCGCAGAUGGGGGUAAGGGCGAGCCAGUGGGGCCUGCUGGGAAGGUAACAGAGAGGGCUCCACCUCCCCUCUUCCAUGUAGUCAAGAGAGAUGGUGACCACAUAAUGUACUGCCUGAACUGUGACACUUUUGAGGAGGAAGAGGGCGUGCUAUUAACAACUACGUGGGCAGCAGUGCCAACCCUGUGGAUGGAUUGUAAGGGACUGUUCAAUCCCUGCUCUGCUUCCGAGGUGCCUGAGGCCUAGGGAGCCCUCCUCCCCGACCCCCCCCCCCCACCAGUCUUUAGUCCUCUCCAUUCAGUCAGUGCUGAGCCUUCACUGCAGAGUGACCCUGUCAGGUGGGAGGAGCGGGCACGUCCAUAGAAAGGCUUGUGUCUGCUCUCCUCCCAUCUCCUGCUUCAGGGCAUGACCUGGGUUUGUUUUAUACGCAUAUAUGAAGGGAGUCCUUUGUGGAAUUUUGAUUAAAGGUUUUAAAGCACA